CUCCGCGGCGCUCUGAGGUGUGUGGGGCGUCGAGCCCCCAGUCCCGGUGAGGCGCGGCGCGGCGGGAUGCGGCGGCGGCCGUGGCGGGGACGCGGGCCGGGCGGGCGGACGCGGUGAUGAGCGUCGGCGGCCACCGCCAUGUCCAAGGUAACGGCGCCCGGGCCCGGGCCGCCGGCGGCGGCAGCGGGCGGGAAGGAGAAGCGCUCCUUCAGCAAGCGGCUGUUCCGGAGCGGCCGCGCGGGCGGCGGCGGCGGCGGCGCUGGGGGCCCCGGGCCGGCCGCGCCCUCCUCGCCCUCGUCGGCGCGCUCGGUGGGUAGCUUCAUGAGCCGCGUCCUCAAGACGCUGUCCACGCUCUCGCACCUUAGCUCCGAGGGCGCCGCCCCGGACCGCGGCGGCCUCCGCAGCUGCUUCCCGCCCGGGCCCACGGCCGCGCCCACGCCGCCGCCGUGCCCGCCGCCGCCCGCCUCGCCCGUGCCGCCCGCCUGCGCCGCGGAGCCGGUGCCCGGGGUGGCGGGGCUCCGGAACCACGGCAACACGUGCUUCAUGAACGCCACGCUUCAGUGCCUCAGCAACACCGAGCUCUUCGCCGAGUACCUGGCGCUCGGCCAGUACCGGGCGGGGCGGCCCGAGCCCUCGCCUGACCCCGAGCAGCCCGCGGGGCGCGGCGCGCAGGGCCAGGGUGAGGUCACCGAGCAGCUGGCGCACCUGGUGCGGGCCCUCUGGACCCUGGAGUACACCCCGCAGCACAGCCGCGACUUCAAGAGUAUUGUGUCAAAGAAUGCACUGCAAUAUCGGGGAAAUUCCCAGCAUGACGCCCAGGAGUUUCUGCUGUGGCUUUUGGACCGAGUUCAUGAAGACCUCAAUCAUGCUGUGAAGCAGGGUGGCCAGCCUCCUCUGAAGCCACCAUCAGAGACUGAUAUGAUGCCCGAGGGACCAUCUUUUCCUGUCUGUAGCACUUUCGUACAAGAACUUUUUCAAGCCCAGUACAGAUCUUCUUUGACAUGUCCUCAUUGCCAGAAGCAGAGCAACACUUUUGAUCCUUUCCUCUGCAUUUCUUUGCCAAUUCCACUACCCCACACAAGGCCUCUGUAUGUCACUGUAGUGUAUCAAGGGAAAUGUUCUCACUGCAUGCGGAUUGGUGUGGCCGUGCCUCUGUCUGGGACUGUCGCCAGACUUCGGGAAGCAGUGUCUAUGGAAACAAAGAUCCCCACUGAUCAGAUUGUGUUAACAGAAAUGUACUAUGAUGGGUUCCAUCGUUCCUUUUGUGACACAGACGACCUGGAAACAGUCCAUGAAAGCGACUGCAUUUUUGCCUUUGAGACUCCAGAAAUAUUUAGGCCUGAAGGAAUUCUCAGUCAAAGAGGAGUCCACUUAAACAGCAACCUAAACCACUUGAAAUUUGGCUUGGAUCAUUAUAGACUGUCUUCUUCUACACAAGCAGCAGCAAAGCAGGGGAGAGCGGACUUAACCCCCGCGAGAGCAGGAAGCGACAAGAUUGUUCUGUUAGUGUGUAACCGAGCCUGCACUGGGCAGCAAGGGAAAAGAUUUGGACUACCUUUUGUGCUGCACUUAGAGAAGACAAUAGCAUGGGACCUUCUGCAGAGGGAAAUCUUGGAGAAGAUGAAGUAUUUCUUGAGGCCCACAGUUGGCAUUCAGGUGUGUCCAUUCAGUUUGCGAGUGGUCAGUGUUGUGGGAAUAACAUACUUGCUGCCCCAGGAGGAGCAGCCCCUGUGCCACCCAACAGUAGAAAGGGCACUAAAAUCUUGUGGACCAGGUGGCACUGCUCACGUGAAAUUAGUGGUAGAAUGGGACAAGGAGACAAAAGAUUUCUUGUUUGUAAAUACCGAAGAUGAGUAUAUCCCUGAUGCAGAAAGUGUCCGGCUGCAAAGGGAGCGUCACCAUCAGCCUCAAACUUGCACUUUAUCCCAGUGUUUCCAACUCUACACCAAAGAGGAGCGGCUUGCCCCAGAUGACGCCUGGCGGUGCCCGCACUGCAAGCAGCUGCAGCAGGGGAGCAUUACGUUAAGCCUCUGGACUCUGCCUGACGUGCUUAUCAUACACCUAAAGAGAUUCCGACAGGAAGGAGACAAGCGUAUGAAACUUCAGAACAUGGUCAAGUUCCCUCUGACUGGCCUGGACAUGACACCUCACGUGGUUAAGAGAAGCCAGAGCAGCUGGAGUUUGCCAUCCCAUUGGUCUCCAUGGAGACGGCCCUACGGACUCGGGCGGGACCCUGAGGACUACAUCUAUGACCUGUAUGCUGUGUGCAAUCAUCACGGCACCAUGCAAGGGGGGCACUACACAGCAUACUGCAAGAAUUCCGUGGACGGCCUCUGGUACUGCUUCGACGACAGUGACGUGCAGCAGCUCUCAGAAGACGAGGUCUGCACGCAGACGGCGUACAUCCUCUUCUACCAGAGGCGGACAGCUAUACCGUCAUGGUCGGCCAACAGCUCGGUGGCAGGCUCCACAAGUUCCUCCUUGUGUGAACACUGGGUGAGCCGGCUCCCGGGGAGCAAGCAAGCCAGCGUGACCUCUGCAGCUUCCUCCAGACGCACCUCCCUAGCCUCGCUGUCUGAGUCUGUGGAGAUGACUGGGGAAAGGAGUGAAGAUGAUGGAGGUUUCUCAACUCGACCGUUCGUGAGAAGCGUCCAGCGCCAGAGCUUGUCAUCCAGAUCUUCUGUCACCAGCCCCUUGGCCGUCAAUGAAAAUUGCAUUAGACCUUCCUGGUCCCUGUCUGCUAAGCUGCAGAUGCGCUCCAGUUCCCCUUCCCGCUUCUCAGGGGACUCUCCGAUUCACACCUCCGCCUCCACCUUGGAGAAGAUCGGGGAAGCAGUGGACGACAAGGUUUCCAUCUCUUGCUUUGGUAGCUUGAGGAACCUGUCCAGCAGUUACCAGGACUCAAGCGAUAGUCACAGUCGACGGGAGCACAAGGCUGUGGGUCGGGCCCCUCUGGCUGUCAUGGAAGGUGUGUUCAAAGACGAGUCAGACAGCCGCAAGUUGAAUUCCAGUGUUGUAGACACACAGAGCAAAAGCUCAGCACAAGGGGAUCAGUUGCCCCCCAUAUCUGGUCCAUUUGAUAACAAUAACCAGAUUGCUUAUGUGGAUCAGAGCGAUUCUGUAGACAGCUCUCCAGUCAAAGAGGUGAAACCUCCAAGCCACCCAGGCUCCCUCGCAAAGAAAUCGGAGAGCACGGCCAGGAGAUCCCCCAGCUCCAGAGGCGCUCCUGAGCCAGACAGAAGCUUGCGGAAGGGGAGACCAGUCUUGGCCAGCCAGGAAUCAUCUCUUUCCAAUACAUCCCCUUCUUCUUCUGUUCCUAUAAAAGUUUCUGUAAAGCCCUCCCGCUCCCGAAGCAAAGCCGAUUCUUCUUCCAGGGCCAGUGGACGGCAUUCCUCCCCUGCCCCCAAAAAGGAGUCCUCCCCCAAAUCCCAGGACUCUGUGUCAUCUCCUUCGCUCCAGAAGCAGAAGUCAGCUUCUUCCCUCGCCGACAGUGCUUCCUCCACAUCCACCAAAAAAGCCUCAGGCCCUGCCCCGAGGGGCCCCUUCCCUCCUGGGAAGAGCAGGACUUCAGACAGGAGCUUAAGCAGAGAGGGCUCCAGACAAAGCCUGGCUUCCGACAGAGCCAGCGUCACCUCCAGCCCCAAACCCAGUUCCCCUCGCGUGAGCCAGGCCAGAGCCGGCGACAGCAGGGGGGACGGAAAGCACGUCCGCAGCUCCUCCAUGGCCAGCCUGCGCUCCCCCAGCAUGAACAUGAAGGCUGGUCUGAAGAGGGACAGCAAGUCAGAGGACAAGGGACUGUCCUUCUUCAAGUCAGCCUUGAGACAGAAGGAAACCCGGCGGUCGACGGAUCUUGGCAAGACAACCUUGCUGUCCAAGAAGGUGGGCGGGAGCUCAGUCAAGUCCGUCUCUAAGAGUGCAGUGGAUGACAAGGCAGAGAAAGGCUCCCAGGCGCUAGGCUCCCAGCAGCCAAAUGUGAAUGCAGUUGGAAAAGAGCAGCUUGCCUCCAAGGACCCUGCUUCUGCUAAACAUUCCCUGCUGUCCGCCCGCAAAUCCAAGUCUUCCCAGCUAGAUUCUGGAGUGCCCUCGUCUCCUGGUUGCAGGCAGUCUGCUGAGAAAUCCUCAAAAAAGUUACCUUCUAGCAUGCAAACCAGUGCACGGCCUUCUCAAAAACCUCAGUGAUAUUUCUGCAAUCCAAGUGUUUUAUCUGUAAAGAUGUUAAUUUAUUUAGAACCCCUUCCCUCCCACCAAAGCCCUCUAUGCUUUUGUUUUGUAUUUUUUGGGGUACGUGCCUGACGUACGUGUGUGUGUGUGUGUGUGUGUGUGUGUGUGUGUGUGUAGAAUUCAAUUGCAAAUUGUUAAAAGCAUCGCCUUAUUCUGCCAUUGAACCAAAUAACAGCCAUAGGCAAAGCAUUGAUACCAAGUUAACUGGAAUAAUUGCAGACGAUACCCUGGACGGUCCCUUUAGCAAUUGUACAUAUUUCUUUCUAGAGAACUCUAAUGACUUUCGUUGGACACUAGGGAUUUGAAACCUGUGAACCAGUUAAGCUGUCGUUAGUGUGCUCUGUAGAAGGAUGAAUUAUUUGACUUGGGUUUCAUCUGAGCGGAAUUUGUCCUCACUGCGUGCGGAUUGUCAUGUGGCACCAGAAGCUCUAAAAACUGUGACACUAACAGUGAAACAAACCGAGGGAAGACUGUCGCUUUCUGCACUUUGGCCCCAUCUACCAGUCUUUGUAAAGGGCAAUAUUUUAACACUAAUGUUUCUCAGGUAUAUACUCAGCUAGUCUAGGAUGGGUGCACAUCAGUGAGAGGAUCGAAGAAGAAGGUGGCCUGUGGGUGGCUGUCAUUUCUCCUACUGCCACAGAUAGAAGUUUUUAGAGGUAGAAAUGAAGUCUUUCACCACCUUCAUAUCUGCAAAGAUGUCUGUACCAUAAGCUGUCUUGACCCUUGGGAUAUGUCCUAAGAGGUGGAAAAUUGGAUAGCUGGAAAGCCAGUCACUAGUAGUUAAUUUUUUUUUUCCUUGUAAAUUUGCUAGCUAAGGUCAUUGGGAUUUUGAAAUGUAGUAGAGCAGUUAAUACCUUUGAAAGAUUCCUGGGAAAAAAAAUGGAUUCUAAACUGGAUGCAUAAAUCUGCCAUUUUCCUUCUCUGGUGUUGGUUUUUUCCACGUUAGAAGUUGAAAGCUCCAUGCUGCACCAUGUGUGCAUGCCUUUGUUUCCUCAUCUUGUAAUAUGGAGAGGAAAGACGUUGCCUAAUGCCAGCAAUUAGUGAUGGUAUGUUAGAACGAUGUGCGACAAAGUGUUAUGCACACUUCCGGUCCUGCCUGUCAGUCUUAGUUGUGACUGUUUUUCAGGAACUCAUUUAUUUCUUCUUUGUGCUGAAGAUUUAAUCUCUUACCCAGAAACUCACAAGCAGGAUGGAGCAUGUUCCAUCUGGCAUUGUCAGUGGAAGUUGCAUUUCUUGUUUAGGAAAAAAGGGAACCUCACAGAAAUCCAAAGA